AAUUUUAUAUUUACUACUUUUCAGAAUGAGCUACCCAGAUAACCCUUCAGCGAUUUCGCAGGUUUCUUCGUUGCAAAACAAUUUGGUUAAUCAGAAUUAUACACAAAAAGCAUUGAUACAAAAGUACAAUGAGGCAAAUUUGAAAGUUGAAAACCAGAAGAAAUCGAUCACUCAGUUGCAUGGAGCAAUUCAAAAAUUGAAAAUGGAAAAGCAAAACUUGGAAACUCAAUUAUCAGAGAAAAACUCACCAAAAACACCGAAUGUCACAGAAAACAUGUGGAGCCUAGAAUAUGAAAGCAAACUCAGUGAUGCUAAAACAAAAAUUGAAAACCAAAAAAAGGAAAUCAAUAAAUUAAAUGAAAAGGUGACCCAAUUGAAAGAGGAACAACAAAACUCAAAUCAGUUAUCAAAAAACAACGAAUCAGAUAUGAGAAAUGAAAAUAGAUUGGCGGAAGUCAGGAAAGUGCAGGAAAAUGUGUGGCGACAAGAAGUGGAAAAAUUGUCUGUAACAGGAGCUCAACAAGUUGUUACUAUCUCAAAUCUCUCUAACGAAAACAGACAGCUGAGAGAAGAAAAUUCAACGUUGAAACUGCUUUAUAACGAGAACACGGCGCAAGUGAACACCUUGGCAAUGAUAAGUGCUGCACUGUCGUCAAACGAAGAAUCAGUUAAUCGAAACCUGCAACCGACGCCGACGCAUGUAGAAAAUGAGCUGCAAGAUACCGAAUGUGCCAUAUGUAAGGAGGAGAUGCGUUUUCCAAAAUGCACAACGUGUCGCAAAAAGUUUCAUGAAAGAUGUCUUCAACAAUGGACCUGCAUCAAUCCCACAUGCCCAGCUUGUCGUACCACUAUGACGCUCCAGACCUCAUAACUUUCGUUUCAUUUGCAAAUAAAGUCUGUGUUUAUGAAC